AAGAAAGUAAUAAGCUAAUCAAUAACUUAAUAACUAGUAACUAGCUUUAUUUUUGUUAAAUGGUCUAAUUUACUAAAGUAUUAAAUAGUUAAAUAGUUAAAUGGUCUAAUUUAAUUUACCAGCUUUAUUUUUGUCCUUUAAUCACAAGCAAACAGAUAAAAAUGAGCAUUUGAGGAGCAUUAGUCUCCAGUUCACACUCAAAGUCAACAGUCUAUGAAUAUUUCUUGCUCCGUUUUAAAAAUCAAUUUUUUUGUUUCGAAAUUGUGAAACUCCAUCAUGCCAAAGGGAAAACCCAAGUACAAGAAUAAAGACGAAUACAAAAUAGAUUUUAUCGAUGGGGUCUACCACUGUGUUGAAGAUGAAGGAACUGGGACAGGAAAGUGUAGAUUGGAUUACAAGGACGAAUUGAAGAAGCGGGUACACGAUCAUCAAAAUCAAAGGCAUUAUUACACGUCAAGAAGUCAAGAACAAGCCACCAGACGCGAGCAGAAGAGGCGUGCCGGACUCUCUCUGACAUCCUACAUUGCAGAGCGAAAAAGAAAUAAUGCACCGUUGCUUCCCAUUUUGGAGGACGAUUCUGACGAGGAUUCAGACGCUUGGGAAGAUGAAAUUCCCCUUCAAAUUCGAAUGGAUUUGGCAAAACUUGAUGAUGCGGAGCAGAAAAAGUAUGCAGAAAAUCAUUUACCAUACAGCGCCAACAUGUUCGUCUCAUACGUCCCAGAAGACCCCGACAUUGAACCGGAAGCCACUUAUGACUUGAGGAAUGCAGAAUUGUUAGAGAGAGAAUACGAAGAAAUGGAUGAGGAAGAAAAAAAGAAAUAUAUUUUCUCUUUUUAUGCUGGGACUUGCAGUAAAAGAGUUUGUCCUUGGUUGACGGAUUCAGAUGGAAUCAAAAAAUCUACAAUUCUGAAGUUGAUGGCAGCAGGGCAAGUUUGCUGGCGAAAAGAUUUCCGGUUCUCUGGAGGGACGAGUGAGGAAAACAAAAACAACGCCAUGCAUUGGCAGCACUUUUAUAAGGAAGUUAAUCAGUACAUAGAAUUUCCGACCAAGAACUCGCGUAAAGUGCACUCGGAGAUUCUAAAUGUAAAUCUUGCGCGCAAAAAUUCAUAUAGAGGAGUCUUGAGCAGGGAGGAUAAGAAAUUGGCACGAAGAAUUGGUUUCUUAAACAAACCACUCAUCCCUCUUCGACCACAACUUCUUCAGCAAGACCCGGGAGAACAACAAUGGAUUAAACACGAAGAGAUGAAAAAGAGGCGAUCUGUUUGAAUUAUCAUCGUUAGAUUAUAGCAUUAAUACCAUUAGUUAAAGUGAAAUGUGUUAGGUUAUUAUAAUUUAGCAAUCGAUUAAUUAACUAGAAAAAAAAUUUCCCUCCUGCGAAGCUUCUGGCAACUGUCUGAUUGACCUAAAAAUACCAAAAAAGUGAUGACUGUUUGCUAAAA